GGGUUUGGGUAUUCCCUGGUGUGUCCGUGCUUGAUUGUUUCGGUGUCCACCCCAUCUCCCUUCCCUCCUGGUUAGUGUAGGUUUCUUUCAUCUGACGUACUGUAGACGUUUCCCGCGGCGCAGGUUCAUCUCUCGACUUACAUACAUACUGCUGGAGGGAUACAGAGAGUCCGUCGGCCGUAUCGUUGUCAUUGCUUUCUUUUUUUAUUAUUAGUCUUUUUUAAUUUGCGAUCGAUUAUCUGCUUUAAGAUCUGCGAAAGGGAGAAUCUUUGAGUUGCUUCAGCCGGUUUAGAACGGUAAGUUAGGAUUUUUGAUGCUUUGGCGGGAAUCGGGAUCCGCCAAGCGGAUUAGAGUUUUGGGGUGCACCCUGCGAUGGCUAAUCCUGGCGUCGGGACCAAGUUUGUGUCCGUGAAUCUGAAUAAAUCAUAUGGACAGCCUCACCAUCAUCAUUCAUCUCAUCCCAACUCUUAUGGAUCAAAUCGAACGCGACCUGGUAGUCAUGGCGCCGGAGGAGGAAUGGUGGUCCUCUCGAGGCCCCGCAGUUCCCAGAAACCUGGGCCGAAGCUUUCUGUUCCACCCCCCUUGAAUCUACCUUCACUGCGAAAGGAGCAUGAGAGACUUGAUUCUUUGGGUUCAGGUGCUGGCCCAGCUGGUGGAGGGGUUUUGGGAAAUGGGCAGAGGCCAACUUCAGCUGGUAUGGGUUGGACGAAGCCACGCACAAACGAUUUGCCAGAGAAAGAAGGGCUUAGCAGUAAUAUGGCUGAUAGAAUUGAUCCAUCUUUGCGUACUGUUGAUGGGGCGAGCGGUGGGAGCAGUGUGUACAUGCCUCCUUCUGCUCGUGCUGGAAUGACAGGACCAGUUGUGACUACUUCUGCUUCCUCUCAGGUGUAUGCUGCAGUUGAAAAAGCCCCAGUUUUGAGAGGUGAGGAUUUCCCUUCUUUGCAAGCAACGUUACCAUCUGCAGCUGGGCCUUCCCAGAAAUUGAAAGAUGGUCCGAGUUCUAAAUUGAAGCGUGCGGCUGAAGGGUCAUAUGAAGAACAGAGAGAUACUUCUCAUUUGAGUUCAAGCAUAGAUGCUCGCCCCAAAUUUCAGUCAGCACAAAAAGGUCUUCCCAGUGAAAAUGCCAAAAAGGGCGACACUUUCAGUUUGGGGAGUUUUCAAUCAUCCGAGUCGUCUCGGAAGCAGGAAGAUCUUUUCCCAGGUCCUUUACCACUUGUCUCAAUGAAUCCAAGAUCAGACUGGGCUGAUGACGAACGUGAUACAAGCCAUGGUUUGAUCGACAGGGGAAGGGAUCGAGGCCACCCAAAGAGUGAGGCUUAUUGGGAGAGAGACUUUGAUAUGCCUCGGGUUAGUGCACUUCCCCACAAGCCCAUUCCUAAUUUUUCUCAGAGAUGGAAUCUGCGGGAUGAUGAAUCUGGGAAGUUUCAUUCCAAUGACAUCCAUAAAGUGGAUCCUUAUGGUCGGGAUGCAAGAACACCUAGUAGAGAAGGCUGGGAAGGAAACUUCCGUAGAAACACUCCUAUUCCAAAAGAUGGAUUUGGUUCAGACAGUCGAAAUGAUAGAAAUGAUAUUGCAGCAAGGCCUACUAACAUUGAUCGAGAAACAAAUGCCAAUAGCAUGCAUGUUUCCCAUUUUCGAGAACAUGCUCAUAAAGAUCCUGGGAGGAGAGACACUGGAUAUGGACAGAUGGGGCGACAAACCUGGAAUAGUGCAGCAGAAUCUUACAGCUCCCAGGAACCAGAUCGGGUUAUUAGAGACAAGUAUGGUAGUGAGCAACACAACAGGUAUAGGGGUGAAACACACAAUACUUCAGUUGCAAACUCGUCAUACUCUUCAGGUUUAAAAAGAAUUCCUGCUGAUGAGCCGUUGCUGAAUUUUGGCAGGGAGAGACGUUCUUUUGCAAAGAUUGAGAAACCUUAUAUGGAAGAUCCUUUUAUGAAAGAUUUUGGAGCCUCUGGUUUUGAUGGACGUGAUCCUUUUGCUACUGGUAUUGUUGGGGUGGUCAAAAGGAAGAAGGAUGUGAUUAAGCAGACUGAUUUUCAUGACCCUGUUAGGGAAUCUUUUGAGGCAGAGCUUGAGAGAGUUCAACAGAUUCAGGAACAGGAACGGCAGCGAAUUAUUGAGGAGCAAGAAAGAGCCUUGGAACUAGCUAGGAGAGAAGAGGAGGAGAGAAAGACGCUUGCAAGGGAACAUGAAGAAAGGCAGAGAAGAGCUGAAGAGGAAGCCAGAGAAGCAGCAUGGAGAGCUGAACAAGAACGACUGGAGGCUAUACAAAAAGCUGAAGAACUUCGGAUAGCUAGAGAGGAGGAAAAACAGAGGAUUAUUCUGGAGGAAGAGAGAAGAAAACAGGCUGCUAAGCUAAUGCUUUUAGAAUUAGAGGAAAGGAUGGCCAAGAGGCAGGCUGAAACUGUGAAAUCAAGCACUUCGACUUCAGAUAUUCCUGAAAAGAAGAUUCCUGGUGUUGUAAAAGAUGUUUCUAGGUUGGCAGACGCUGUUGAUUGGGAAGAUGGUGAAAAGAUGGUGGAGCGAAUCACUACAUCUGCUUCUUCUGAGUCAUCUAGUAUAAAUAGGUCCUCUGAGGUAGGUCUUAGAUCUCAAUUUUCUAGAGAUGCUUCUCCUGCCUUCGUGGACAGAGGAAAGUCUGUUAAUUCAUGGAGAAGAGAUUUUUAUGAGAGAGGAAGUGGCUCUCAAUUUGUUGUCCAGGACCAGAGUACUGGCUACAAUGGUCCCAGGCGAGAGGCACCAAUUGGUGGGCGGGCAACUUCCAGGAAAGAGUUUUAUGGGGGAGCUGGAUUUACUACUUCUAGGAUAUCUCAUAGAAGGGGUAUUACAGAACCACAAUCUGAUGAUUAUUCUCAGCUAAGAGGGCAUAGACCUAACCUUUCUGGGGGUGGUGAUCAUUAUAGCCAAAGCCCCGACUUUGACUCAGAAUUUCAGGAUAAUGUCGAGAAUUUUGGUGAUCAUGGAUGGAGGCAGGAGACUGGUCGCAACAACUUCUAUUUUCCUUACCCCGAACGAGUAAAUCCAAUUUCUGAGACUGACGGGUCAUAUUCAGUUGGAAGGUCACGCUAUUCCCAGAGGCAACCUCGGGUUCUUCCUCCUCCAUCUGUAGCUUCCAUACAGAAAUCUUCUGUGAGGGGUGAAUAUGAAUCUGUUCCCCGGGAUAUUGUAGAAAGUGAGAUACAAUAUGACCAUCCGGCAAGAAAUGUUUCUACUGCUCAGACAGGGUAUAUUCAUCAUGAGAAUCGUUCAUUUCCUGAGAUAAUCGAUGUUAAUUUAGACAAUGCUGAGAAUGAGGAGCAGAAACCAGAUUGCGACACAACACUGCGGUGCGACUCACAGUCAACCCUUUCUGUAUUUAGCCCCCCAACCUCUCCAACUCAUCUAUCUCAUGAGGACUUGGAUGAUUCUGGAGAUUCUCCUGUUUUAUCAGCUAGCAGAGAAGGCACUUUGUCGAUAGAGGAUACUGAAUCUGCUGUACCAACCAAGUGUGGGAAAGAGAUCAUGAUAUCCUCAACUAGGGUAUCUACGGGUGAUGAAGAUGAAUGGGCUGUUGGAAAUGAGCAUGUGCAGGAACAGGAAGAAUAUGAUGAAGAUGACGAUGGAUAUGAUGAAGAAGAUGAAGUCCAUGAAGUAGAAGAUGAGAACAUUGACCUUGCACAAGAUUUUGAUGAUUUGCAUUUAGAUGAUAAGGGGUCACCCCACAUGUUAGAUAACUUGGUAUUAGGUUUUAAUGAAGGCGUUGAAGUGGGGAUGCCAAAUGAUGAGUUUGAAAGAAUUUCAGGAAAUGAGGAAAAUAUGUUUGUCACACCAGAAAUUUCAAGUUGCAUCAGGGAAGAGCAGGGGUCUUCUGAAGUAUUGCAAGUUGACAGUAAUAUCUGUCAAUACCCGGAUGCUUCUUCUCAAGUAAGGAUUCCUGACACUGAGGAGAUGAAGGACCUGGUUAUACUAUCUAAACCUGCUCAAGCAUUGCCAGGAUCCGAGCUUACUGAGCAAGGAAAAUUUUCUUGCAGAUCUGGUGUGUCUGUUCAACUGCCAAUCUCAUCUUCAGUUUCAAUGGCCUCUCAAUCUCCACCUGGCCAAGUUAUUGUGCCGAAUGCUGCCAUUUCAGGCCAAGCCGAGCCUCCUGUUAAGCUUCAGUUUGGGUUGUUCUCAGGUCCAUCUCUUAUACCAUCUCCAGUACCAGCCAUACAGAUAGGUUCUAUACAGAUGCCUCUUCAUUUGCAUGCUCAGAUCACCCCAUCAAUGACUCACAUGCAUUCAUCACAGCCUCCUCUUUUCCAGUUUGGGCAGCUUAGGUAUACAUCUUCUGUCUCCCAAGGAGUAUUGCCUCUGGCUCCUCAACCGCUGACAUUUGUUCCACCCACUGUUCAAACUGGUUUUCCUUUAAAUAAAAACCCAGGAGAUGCUCCAUCCAUUCAAACUUCUCAGGAAACCUGUGCUCAUAAUUCUAGGAAAAAUGAUGUGUUGCCGUUUUUGAUGGAUAAUCAACAAGGCCUUGCGUCAAGAUCUCUGAAUUCAUCAGGGGAGUCAAAGUCAUUACCAUUAACAGAUAACAAAGAAAGUGAAGUUAUAACUCAGCAGGAUCAAACUGCAGGUUCUUGCAUUGAUGAGAGCAAUUCCAGAUCUGAAUCAGGUUUUCAAGCAGAACAUCAGAGGCACCACCACAAUGUUUCAACUUCAGAUGAUCAUUACGUGGUAACAAGGGGGAAAGAAUCUGAAGGUCGAGCUCAGGAUGGGAUGGGGCCAUUUGAUUCUGUUUCAAGAGAUAAGGGAUUGGGUGGGUCAAAAGCUCGUGGCCAAUUUCAUGGUGGAAGAGGCAAGAAGUAUAUAUUUACAGUAAAAAAUUCUGGAUCUAGGUUGUCGUUUCCGGCUUCUGAAUCUACUCGUUUAGAUUCUAGUGGAUUUCAGAGGCGGCCUAGGCGCAAUGCGCCACGAACUGAGUUUCGUGUUCGGGAAACUGUGGAUAAAAAGUCAUCUAACAGUCAAGUUUCUUCAAGCAAUGUGGAGGUAGAUGAUAAGCCAACUGUUAGUGGAAGAAGUGCGGCCAGUUCUGCAAGAAAUGGAACUAGGAAGGUUGUCAUAUCUACUAAACCAUCAAAAAGAGCAUUAGAAUCAGAAGGAUUAAGCUCAGGGGUGAGUUCUUCUCUAGAGCUCGAUGCUGGUAAUAGAACAGAAAAGGGAGUGAAAAAAGAAUAUUUGGGGAAGAGCCAGGGCAGCCAGUAUUCUGGUGAAGGUAACUUCAGAAAGAAUAUUUGUUCUGGGGAGGAUGUUGAUGCUCCUUUGCAGAGUGGCAUCAUUCGCGUAUUUGAGCAACCUGGCAUAGAGGCUCCUAGUGACGAGGAUGAUUUCAUUGAGGUACGAUCUAAAAGGCAGAUGCUAAAUGAUAGGCGUGAACAAAGAGAGAAAGAGAUCAAGGCAAAGUCUCACAAUUCUAAGAUCCCACGGAGAAGUCGAUCUAAUUCAAAGAUUGCAUCAUCCUCGGUCAACUCAAGUAAAGUUUAUGCAGCUAAGGAAGCAGAAACAGUGAAGAGAACUCGAUCCGAUUUUGUUGCCACUGAUGGACGUGGAUCAGGAAAUAUUGUAGUGUCAAGUGCAUUUAGUUCUCCAAUAGUCUCUCAACCAUUGGCCCCAAUUGGAACUCCUGCUUUGAAAUCUGAUUCCCAGACUGAAAGAUCACAUACUGCCAGGUCUAUCCAGUCAAGUGCCCCUGCUUUGGCUACUGGUGAUGGAAGAAAUCUCGAGUCAAGCUCAAUGUUCGAUAAAAAGAAUGAUAUUUUGGAUAAUGUUCAAACAUCUUUUGCUUCCUGGGGUGGUUCACGUAUUAAUCAACAGGUUAUGGCCCUAACACAAACCCAACUUGAUGAGGCUAUGAAGCCUGCUCAGUUUGAUUUACAUCCUCCGGUUGGAGAUCAUUCCAGCCUAGCUGGUGAUCCUAAUGUGCCAUCACCAUCUAUCUUGGCAAGGGAUAGGUCAUUUUCUUCUGCUGCUAAUCCAAUCAGUUCUUUGCUUGCUGGGGAGAAAAUUCAAUUUGGUGCAGUCACAUCUCCGACAGUUCUUCCUCCUGGUAGCUGUGCCACUUUGCUCGGGAUUGGUCCCACAGGUCUUUGUCACUCAGACAUCCAAAUUCCUCACAAACUUUCUGGUGCUGAGAAUGAUUGUCAUAUUUUCUUCGAGAAAGAGAAACAUCACUCUGAAUCCUGUACUCAUAUAGAAGAUAGUGAAGCUGAAGCGGAGGCAGCUGCUUCUGCUGUUGCUGUUGCAGCUAUCAGUAGUGACGAGAUAGUCACUAAUGGGCUUGGCACUUGCUCUGUUUCUGUUACUGAUACAAACAAUUUUGGUAGUGGAGAUAUUAACGUUAUAACAGCAGGUUCAGCUGGUGAUCAGCAAUUAGCUAGCAAAACAAGGGCGGAUGACUCUCUUACUGUAGCUCUGCCUGCUGAUUUGUCUGUUGAAACCCCCCCAAUUUCACUGUGGCCAACUUUGCCUAGUCCACAGAAUUCUUCAAGCCAGAUGCUUUCACAUUUCCCCGGAGGUUCACCUUCCCAGUUUCCUUUUUAUGAGAUAAAUCCUAUGUUGGGGGGUCCGGUCUUUACUUUUGGACCCCAUGAUGAGUCGGUAUCCACCACCCAAUCUCAAACCCAAAAAAGCAGUGCACCAGCACCUGGGCCUCUUGGAUCCUGGAAACAGUGCCAUUCUGGUGUCGAUUCAUUCUAUGGGCCUCCUGGUUUUUCUGGCCCAUUCAUAAGUCCGGGAGGCAUCCCAGGGGUUCAAGGUCCUCCACACAUGGUUGUAUACAAUCACUUUGCACCUGUUGGACAGUUUGGGCAAGUUGGCUUGAGUUUCAUGGGUGCUACGUAUAUUCCAUCUGGAAAACAGCAUGACUGGAAGCACAGCCCUGGACCUUCUUCUUUGGGCGUUGAAGGAGAUCAGAAAACUUUAAAUAUGGUUUCUGCUCAACGUAUGCCCACCAACUUACCUCCUAUCCAACAUCUUGCCCCUGGUUCACCCCUGCUGCCUAUGGCUUCUCCCUUGGCUAUGUUUGAUGUUUCUCCAUUCCAGGCCUCCCCUGAAAUGUCAGUCCAAGCUCGUUGGCCUUCUUCGGCAUCCUCUGUUCAGCCUGUUCCUCUGUCCAUGCCUUUGCAGCAGCAGCAGGCGGAGGGCGUACUUCCUUCUCAUUUUAGUCAUUCAUCAUCUGCUGACCCGUCAUUUACAGUUAACAGGUUUCCUGGAUCGCAACCCUCUGUAGCCUCUGACCACAAGCGUAAUUUUUCUGUGGCAACCGAUGCAACUGUCACCCAACUUCCGGAUGAACUUGGAAUAGUUGAUGCUUCAAGUUGUGUCAGUUCUGGGGCUUCAGUGCCAAAUGUUGACAUUAACAGCCUAUCAGUGAGCUCGGUUACUGAUGCUGGCAAGACUGGUGUUCAAAAUUGCAGUAGCAACAACAGUGGCCAGAAUUCAGGCACCAAUUUAAAAUCUCAGUCGCCUCAGCAUAAGGGUGUUUCUACCCAGCAAUACAGUCAUUCUUCGGGUUACAAUUUUCAGAGAGGUGGUGCUUCUCAAAAGCAUAGUUCAGGUGGCGGCGAAUGGUCCCACCGUAGAACAGGGUUCAUGGGAAGAAACCAGUCUGGAGCUGAAAAGAACUUUUCCUCUGCAAAGAUGAAGCAAAUUUAUGUGGCCAAGCAAACAUCGAGUGGAAAUCUCAGAGUAUAGAAGGGGGAGCUACCUAGAUUUCGGAUUUGCAUCGAACGGAUUGUUUUCGGUCCAGAAAUCAAAGUUUUGGUUGGUUUUUAUUUUUUGGUGUUUCUGUUGCAUUAGUAAAGUGUGUUGGAAUUAGUCACAUCUGUAGAGACCCAUCCACUCUAGAUGAAUGGCCAAUGAACGUUGGUGGUGACUGCAUGGAAUGCCAUUCUCCAGACUCUAAAAGGGAUAAUUUGUUUUUCAUUCUUCCUAGUGAUGUGACGUGCCAGGACAGGGCACGAUCCCUCAUGUUAUUAUUUUAGUUGGCUUCAAAAAUUAGUAUUAUUUAUUGGGACUGAAGUAUUGAUAUUCCUGAUUUUGAAGGCAAUAUUUGCAAUGCUAUCAAUGAUCCAAUUGAAGGGUUUGUCUCCUAA